GCAGAGCGGAAGCGGUCACGGGUCCCCUUGGCAACGAGUGAGCGGCAUGAUAGCCUAACAUGCUACAGCUAUAACUUGCUAGUUUACCCAAACGGGAUUAACAGUCACCGCCUCGUGUAUAUUAAUAAUAGUAUAAACCGCCUUCAAACAUCAUCACAGUCUCUGCAAUGAUGAGUCGGACACCUGAUGCGAGAGCGAGGGAUAACCAGACCAAGCAGAUCCAGGAGAACCUCUCCAACGUGGAGAAGCACUUCGGGGACAUGUGCCAGCUGUUCGCCGCCUACGUCCGUAAGACGGCCCGACUGAGGGACAAGGCCGACCUGCUGGUGAGGGAGAUCAACGUGUACGCCGAGACCGAGACCCCCAACCUCAAGAGGGGAAUGAAGUAUUUUGCAGACCAACUGGCCAAGAUUGAAGACUAUCGUCAAGCUGAGGUGGAAAGGCUUGAAGCCAAAGUCGUAGAGCCUCUGAAGAGUUACGGGGCUGUGGUGAAACGUAAAAGGGAAGACCUGAAGACCACCCAGAGUGCUAGAGACCGUGAGUCCAAACAGAUGGCCCAGCUGGAGAGGACGAGGCAGAGGAACCCCUCAGACAGACAGAUCAUUUCACAGGCCGAGAGCGAGCUCCAGAGGGCCACCAUGGACGCCACUCGCACCACCCGACAGCUGGAAGAAACCAUAGACGAGUUUGAGAAGCAAAAGAUUCGAGACAUCAAGAAGAUCUUUGGUGAGUUUGUAACGGUUGAGAUGUCGUUCCACGCCAAGGCCUUGGAGGUGUACACCGCUGCCUACCAGAGCAUCCAGAGUGUCGAUGAGGAUGAGGACCUAGAGGUGUUCAGGAGCCUGCUGCAUCCUCCAGACCACCUGUCCCGCUUAGAGAUAGUGGCAGCUCACUCCAAGGGGUCGCUCGACCGCACCGGCUCUUCCAUGAGCCGGUCAGGGACCCUGCAGCAAACCGCCACGAGUCGUCUGAGGAGAAGAGACGACAACGACAACGAGGAUGAUGACGAUGAAGAGGAGUCGGAGGAGGAAGAUGAAGAUGAAGAUGUGACAGAUGAUUAAAAUUAAAGCCGCCUUGCUUUGGUCCAGAGAAAGGCAUGCCUACUUGCAA